AUCUGAAUCUACUGCAUCACAGAGAUUUGAAGUGAGAGCUUCAAGUUGUUUCACUGAAGAACAAACCAACAUUUUCUUUGUUGAAAAAUGAGCAAAGUGGCUGCAAAGGUGGCAGGAGGAACAGGGGGCUGUGUUCUCCCUCAAAGAGAAAAAUUCCUACCAUUUUGGGUUGAUCUGACUCUGGACCCUGACACUGCUAACUCCGACCUCACGGUGUCUGCGGACAGAAAAGUUGUGGAGCGGGGCGAUGUUAACCAAGUCAAAACUGACAACCCCAAAAGAUUCCUUAAUUUCCCUGAGCUGCUGUGUGAACAGCCUCUGACUGGGAAGAAGUACUGGGAGAUAGAGUGGGAUGGGCUUCAGGGGGUUGGAAUAGCAGUGUCUUAUCAAAUAAUCCCGAGGAAAACUACAGGCAAUGAGUGUAGAUUUGGCCGUAACACUUACUCCUGGAGUCUAGAAGGUAUUGUGGAGCGUGCAUUCAUGCACAAUAAUACCUGCAACGACAAGGUGAAGUCCCCCAUCUCCUCCCACCGCAACCGAGUGGGAGUGUUUCUAGACAAGGACCAAGGCAUCCUGCAGUACUUUGCCAUCAGCCCUGAUCUGGAGGAUAUGGUCCUCCUGUAUGAGGCACCACGAUCUGAGAAGAAAUUCACAGAGGCUCUUUAUGCAGGGUUUUGGGUAGUUGAUCACACUAGGGUGACCCUAUGCCCCAAACAGCCGGGUCCCAGGGCUUAAAAUUAAGGGUCACUGCAUGAAAAUGAGGAAAUCAUAUCCUUGGUCUUAGGUGUUAAGGCUAAAUUGUGUGCGUUAGAGAAACUUAUGCUUAGACAAACUAAAAUUGAGUUUUUGAGCCUGGCCUCAAAGAAUCUACAAAGAAGUUCAUUGUGUCUUUGUCCUGCGUGGUGAAAUACAUGUACUCCAACAGCAAAGCUAAGAAUUGGCUAUUUUUUGUCAGUUCUAUGCUGUCAGCAGAUGCUCUUUCAUACUUGUUGUCUGGUGAAAGUAACAAUUAACUUCUUUAAAAUUGAAAUUAUGCUUUUUUUAUUGCUGUAAUUCUCUGUGAAAAAGAAUCUGAAUGCCUGUGUUCAAAUAAAUCCCCUGUUCUCAAAAUA